AUGACGAGGAGCCCCUACACCAGGAGCCCCGCCAUAAAAAAAGAAAAUGUGGGAACCAUCUACCACCCUAUCACUGUGGAUCUGAAGAGAGUGCUGCCUUUCCCACCAUAUCCUGAGGAUUACCUGCAUCCAGUGGUGUAUGCCUGCACAGCUGUCAUGCUGCUGUGUCUGCUGGUCUCCAUCAUGACAUAUAUAGUCCAUUAUAGCGUGAUCCGCAUCAGCAGAAAUGGCUGGCACACACUUCUCAACUUUUUGUUUCACACGGGACUGACAUUUGGUGUGUUUGCUGGAGGCAUUAAUCAGAUCAACGUCCCUUUUCUGUGUCAAAUUGUUGGAAUUUUGCUCCAGUAUGCUUCUUUGUCUACAAUGCUUUGGCUGACAUUUACUGCCAGAAACAUCUGUAACGAUGUGUCCCAAUACCCACUUAAAGUCACGGGCUCAAAUGACCAAGUCCUGGCAGAAAGCAAAACAACAAUUUUCAGAUUCUAUCUCGUAAGCAAUGGGAUUCCUCUCAUAAUUGUUGGGAUUACAGCAGCCUUUGGAAUGGAAAACUAUGGGAGCAGGGAUGGCGCACUGUAUUGUUGGAUGGCAUGGGAACCAAGCCUGGGAGGAUUUUACGCCCCUGUGAGUCUUUUGGUCUUAGUCAUGUCUGUGUACUUCUUGUGCACUUAUAUCCAACUCAGACGCCAUCCUGAGAGGAAGUACGAACUCCGGCUUUUGAGUGAGGAACAGCAGCAUUUAUCAUCUGCAGACCACCCCGACAUCGGAGGGGCUUCCGGAUCUGCUGGGGAUUGCGCGGCAUUUAAUCCGUGUUUACCCGAGCUUUCCAACGAGCACUCGUUCAAAUCACAGCUAUGGACCACAGUUUUUACUCUGUUUCUGUUUCUGUCAACAUGGGCAUUGGGGGCAUUGGCGGUGUCUCUAGGACGAUUUCUGGAUAUGAUAUUCAGCUGUCUCUAUGGUGCAUUCUGUGUCACUCUUGGACUGUUUCUUCUCAUCCAGCACUGUGCUAAGCGUGAUGAUGUUUGGCACCGCUGGUGGGCUUGUUGCUCUGGCAAAUCCAAACUCGCAGAUGGAGAUGGGAACAGGAAAAGCCAUAGGCAAGAGCUCCAAUCACCACAGUGCCAACUCAACUCCUCAUGCUCAAAGCCACUACUCUCACCUGGACUCGUGCAAAGCUUGUACCCCAAAAAUGCAUCUCCUUCCCAAAAUCUCACUCCCAGUCACACAAGUUCUUGCUGCGUGGCAGCAAUGAUUCCAACUGUAGCUACUCCAGUCUCUCCUUUCAGUGAGUCGGUACCCUCACCGUGUCCUCUGGCCCUAUCUGAUGAGAUCCUUCAUCCUCCUGUGCCACUACAGAGUUGCCUUAUUGACAGAACCAAGUCACGCUCCUUCAAUCACCCACGCCCAUGUCUCCGGGACUACCGCUCUCACAUGGCGUCAAACAGUAUGGAUGGGAGCGUGACUUCCUCCCAACUUAAAAUCCCUCGCUCACCAGUGUCUAACAGCCCACCCCAAGACAUGCAACUUUCCUGCCCGAGCCCUCACUUGGAUCAGCAGCGGGCAUCCUGUAAUAGUUUACAACACCAAAAUUCUUGCCACAACAUACACGACUCACUCACUUCCAGUCCGAGCCUAGUUCUGCCUUUCCAUAGGUUAAAUUCUUGCCAAUGGCACUUAUACAGUUCAGCCGACCAUUUUUCUACCAUGAGCUGCUCUGGAAAAACAGAUUCCUGCAACUCGCAGUAUUCACAAGACCUUGAUACACCCAGCUACAUGUCAGAUGUACCAGACAAGGAAAAGGAAAAAAAAUGCGUUGAGGUGGAGUCACAGUGUUUUCCGAGAAAUACUUUGCCUCGGCGACACGCUACAAUUAACCGGAGAGUAACUAUUGGCAGAAACCGUAGCCUGCAGGAAGACAGUCUGUUUGUGUCAGACACUACAGGGAACAUACGGACUGGACCUUGGAAGAAUGAAACCACUGUAUAG